UAAAAUGGCGAUUAUUAGAACGCGGUUUUGAGAUAAUGGAGUAGUUGGGAAGAAUCGAUUCUGUGUGGAAAUUGCAAUUGAAGGGCCGAAGUGACGCUUUAAAUACUUUGAAGAGGAAAAGGUGGUGUCUUUCAAGGAAUUCUUUUGUUCGUAUAAUUAUAGUAAAUCUUCAAUUUUGAGGCGCUUUCAAGGGAAAUAUGAUCUGCAAAGUCGGAGAAUUCAUUCGGUCCUGCUUUAGUGUCCCAAAUAGGAAAUACUGAGUUCGGCCACGUCGCCUUGUGAAUAAGUCGAAACUUCACGAGCCCCAAUGAAGAAUUGUUUUCUUUUGACGUACAUGAUAGCUGAAAACCUACAAGUCUGUGAAUAAUGGUCAAGUGUAGCUAAUUCAGAAGUUACUUACAAUGGCUUCUACACAAGGAGAGAUUCGAGUAGGGCCAUCUCACCAGGCUCAGUGUCUUGGUACGUGCACACAGGCCCGCUUGCCAGAAUUCCGCCCAGAAGUUACUGAAUCAGACAAAGAGCGGGAGGAGUUAAGGUGGGUGCCUGCCAUGACAUUAGAUGGAGACCUCCUCAUGUACCUGCGGGCUGCACGUUCUAUGGCAGCGUUUGCUGGCAUGUGUGAUGGAGGCUCACCAGAUGACGGUUGUGUUGCUGCAAGCAGGGAUGACACUACGAUAAAUGCCCUUGAUGUUCUGCAUGAUUCUGGUUAUGACCCUGGCAAAGCCCUCCAGGCCUUGGUGAAAUGUCCAGUUCCUAAAGGCAUCGAUAAGAAGUGGACAGAAGAAGAGACGAAACGGUUUGUGAAAGGUCUUCGGCAGUUUGGAAAGAAUUUCUUCAGAAUUCGGAAGGACCUUUUGCCGCACAAAGAUACACCAGAAUUGGUUGAGUUUUAUUAUUUAUGGAAAAAGACUCCUGGUGCCAACAAUAACCGUCCUCACCGCCGGAACAGGAGGCAGCAGUCACUGCGUCGUAUUCGAAACACACGCAACACACGGGGUGGUCAGCCAAAGGAGGCAGAUGCCAGCUCACCAGCAGCCGUGGGAUCAUCUAGACCUUCUCCCAACCCCAAGGAGCAUGGUGAGGGCAGUUCUGGCAGUGAAGAUGAGAACUCCGAGGAUGAUUCAGAUUCGCGGGACCAUGCAUACAGGUGUCACCACUGUUUCACUACGAAUUCGCGGGACUGGCAGCCCUCUGGAAAGGACCGUCGGACACUCCUGUGUUCUGACUGCCGAGCCUAUUGCAAAAGGUAUGGGGAACUGCCUCCCGUUACUGCAGCCGGGAAUAAUGCGCGCGGCGAUACACCGUAUCUUUUCCGGCCUGUUCAGACAGACUCGCCUGAUGAAUGUCCAGGCCGGAUGAGGACUCGCACUAGAGCUAAAGAGCAGAAUGCACGUAACCGCCCAAAACGUGGCAGUGGUACAGACACGCCAGAGAGCGAGAUGGACAAGAAACCGUGCAAGUCUCCAGCCAGCAAUGCUUCCUCUCCCAGUGACAAGAACAAGAAGAAGUUGUCAAAGCCCGAAACACCCAACAAGGGUCGGAAGAGAAGCCAGGUGGAGAUUGAAAAUGAGGAAGAGAAAGAGAUCUCAUUGUUCAAGAGAAAGAGAAACGACAGAGCUGAUAGUCCAGCAGAAAGUCUCACUACAGACAGUGGCUCCAUAGUGGAUGAUGUUGACAAUAAUGAAGCAGAAACAGAAACUACUGGGGAAACCAUCGCACCAAACACCAUUUCAAUUCCGACACCAAACUCUGCUACCGGAAGUUUGGAUUCUUCUCCAGUGAUACCCUCUGUUCCUGCCACUGCCAUGACGACCCUUCCCAUCCCAUCGUUUGAUAACCCACCACUCUCCAGUAGUGUGUCCAUAAUGCCAGACAAAGUGGACACGACUGUGGGCUCAGCAAGCCAACCACAAGCAACCACACCCAUUGUGAUAAUCAACAAUAUGGGUAGUGGCAACUUCAAGGCCAUUAACUCUGAAGCAUCACUGUCUGUAAGAAGCAUAACGCAGAGUAUCGGAAUGUCAUCUUCAAAUGGGGCUCCGUGUAUCCCAACCUCUGUUCCUAUGGUGGGCCUUAAAGUGCCUAUCCCUAACUUAAGUAGUGUUGAAGAAAACGGUUUGAGCAAGAAAGUUGUCGAUGAUAAUCUGUCAUCUGACUCAAAAGGAGGCAUUCUGGAGAAGUUUCCUCCUGGUCAGAUGCAGUAUACACCCCAGCCAGUGUCAAUGCAAAGUGAGGAUUUAGAGAAGUCCAAUGGUGAGUUGAAGGUAGAUGACGAAGGUACUCGAAUUAGCUUGAAACUGCAUCAAGAGGCACUGGAUAGAAGGGAAAAGGAACCAAUGGGAAUUUCAUUGGGCACCAAAGCUAGUGAUGACUUUUGUUCUCUAUCACCACUGAUGAAAGUGAUGGUAAAGGAAGAGCUGGAGAGUAGCAAUGACGAACUUUCCAACGUUCAGAUGCCUUUGCCUUCUGGAGGUCUUCUGCUGAAGGAUGAACCACAGUCACAGAGUUCACAACAUGUGGGAAAUAUUGCUAAUCAGGUGGGGUCGAUCAUUGGGACUGGUAACCAGAACAUAAAGUUGGAGCCAGGGAUCCUGAGGGAACAGCAAGCCAGCCCAAUGGAACUGUCUGCAGGAACCCAGCAGCUCUCCCCACAUGCAGAGCAUUCACCCAUGCAGAUACAAGCUUCAGUGAUGCAGAUGCCUCCUAACAUGUCUCUGUCCCAUCACUCGGGUCGCUCAUCUUCACCCAUUCUGCAGGUCCCAAGUCACCACUCGCACCUGGGCUCAGGCGGUGGACCACCUUCAGUCAUGAGACAGGCCACUGAUGUUCGAGGAGGCCAGUCUUCAGACUUGAGGCAACAGAUUUCAGAUACGCGACAGUCGACAGAUAUUCGCCAGGCUCAGGAUAUGCGAGGAGGAGGACAGGGAUCAGAUGGUAGACAGCCUUUGGGUGACAUGCGGUCAGGGCCUCCGUCAGAUGUUCGUCAGAUGUCUGAUGUCCAGCAGCAGUCAGACAUUCAGCAAAUUCCAAAUGGUGGACUUGGUCUUGAGAAGCCUAUUCCACAAAUGUCUGGCAGAACCUACAGUGAUGAUGAUCAGGAGAGGGACUCCAAAUCAUCACAGUCUCUGCAAAUUCCACCUGUGUCUAUGCCAAACUCUUCUCAGUCUUUGGUCCUUCAGCAUCAGGGGACACAUCAAGCUUACAGCUACUUGCCUGGUUCCCCAUACCAUCACCAUCAAAGGUCAAUGGGAGGAGAGAAGAGUAUGGGAAUGCUUCAUGUCCCAAGUCUUCCCCCCAGCUCCACCCUGACUGGUGCCAGUAUGGGGCAAGGUCAGCAGAAUGAACCCCAGAAUCUGAAGAUCAAACAAGAGAUCAUUGCCCCUGCAGACCAGGUGAUGCCCCCUUCUGACCCACUGCAGUCACUGAAGGAUGUCAAGAUCCCGGGGUACUCUGCUUCAAGCACGUCUGCUUCGCAGCCACUUCCAGGCAGCAACAUGAAUUCAGGCUCUGUUCCUCCAGUGAACCAUCCUUCAGGACUGGAAAUAUCAAGACCUCCAUCAGGAAAUGCCUCCACAAAUUUCCUGGGACCUUCAAUUGACAACAUAAAAAAGGAACCCGAAAAUUAUUUAGCAGCUUCCAGUUCUGUCGGUGCACCUGGGGCAAAUCUGCCUUCAGGUACACCGAAGUCCCCACCUCCCAAGCACUCUUCAUCAUCUCAUCCUGCUACAGAAAUGCACAGUUCAGCGGCUAUCAACUCAUCUACUCCGCCUUUGACCAGAAUCUCUUCCAGUACGCCACCAGUGCCACUCCCAACCUCUCAACCUCCGGUCUCACACAGUGCUGCCAACCUCAUCUCUCCGUCGCCUACGUCUGCUCGACUGACUCCCACAUCCUUACCAAGUGGACCAACUUCAAUCCCCCAGCCAGUGAUGCACCCAUCUCAGCAGGCCUCCCCAAUAAGUCGUGCCUCUCCAGGACAUCCUCAUCCUACUCCCCACCCCCAUCCAACGCCUCAUCCCCACUCCUCACCAUUUAUAGGGCCUCCUGGAGCUCACCCUGCAUUGCAUCAUCACCACCCUCAUCACCCCUUGAUUCACCACUCGUUGUUUGCAGCUGCCGCUGCUCAUGCAGCUGCUGUUCAUCAUAACCCUUAUCAUCCUCACCACCCAUAUGCAGCAUAUGGGUAUCCGUUUCCAUAUCCAUAUGGUCCACCAAUGCCUCAGCCUCACCCUGUACCCCCUCCUCAUCAUUCUACACCCCCUGCCCCUGUACUGCCAGCGCCUCCCACGUCGUCCAGUCACAGAACGGCCCAUGAGCAGGCAAAGUCUGAGACUAGAUCUUCGUCAGCAUCUGUUGAAAGUACAACAACUUCAUUACAUACUUCUCAUCACUCUUCGCAUUCAUCAUCUGUCACCACUCGCAGGGAAAUCUCUGCUACUUCAUCUGAGUCUGACAGCAAUUUAAACUCGUCAGUUGCUAGUUCAGAACGACAUCAUCACACAACACAGGAACUGACCACGACUCAUCACCAUCAUUCAUCGCAUCAUUCAUCUGUCCAUCACCAGAUGACAACGGAAAAGCAGCAGCCACUGAACCAUUCAGUAACCAUCUCUCAUUCCACCACAUCCUCAAGUUCAGCCUCAGUGCAACACAAGAUUAACACUGGGAGCAAAACCAACUCAGGGGGCACUAGAGCUUCAAGUCCCUCUUGUCAUGUUUCUGCUACUCUCUCUUCCACGACUUCUGCCUCAACCUCGAUCUCUCUUCCAUCUGGAAACCAUGGAGGCAAUCAUCACCAUUCCCAUCAUCAUUCUCACAGUCACCAUCACCAACAUCACCAUCAGACCGCGAGUGGUGAUCGGCUUUCCCCGACCAACCCUAUGAUAAUGCCCCCAGCAAUGAACAUGCCACUUGCGUUGGCUCCUGGAGCUCCACCAUCUAGCAGGAAUCAUCAUGGGGGAUCAAGUCAUCAGCAUCAUCAGAGCCACAGCCAUCAUUCAAAACAGGGCAGUAGUGUGGGAUCAGCCAGCAACCCACCAAGUUCACACCAUCAUCCAAGUUUGAUGGUGCAGCCAGGAGGGCUCCCCCCACCUAUCAGUCACCACCCCAUGGGACUGGGUUUGCCCCCGUCUGCUGUGCCGGGAUCUUCUUUGGAGGCCUUGAGAGCUCAUGCGCAGGCAGCUGCGAACAUGCAGCAGCAGCCACCAGGCAUGAUGCACCCUGCAUCUCACUCACCCCUGCAGCUACAGCCCCCUGGCCCCACGCAGUCUCAUGUGCCAGGCCCACAUCAUCACUCAUCACGACACUUGGCUCAAGGAAUGCCAGAUGAAGUGAAGUCUGAACCAAUGAGUCACUCAGGUAGCGCAGCAGUUGGCAGUGACCUGGGUGACCCUCAGAUGGGGCUCCAGCAGCCCGAAGAGGAAGAAGUGCCAAGUCCGAACCACGUCCCAAGAGGACCAAGCCCUGAACCUAAGAUUGAGGACACAGAGUGUCACAGAAGUCAAAGCGCCAUCUUUCUGCGACACUGGAAUCGUGGAGAUUUCAAUUCAUGUACCCGUACAGAUCUGACAUUCAAACCUGUGCCAGACUCAAAACUGGCAAGGAAGCGAGAAGAGAGGUUGCGCAAGCAAGCAGAGAAGGAACGUGAGGACAGGGAGAAGGCCGCUGCUCAGGCCCAAGCUCGUAAGAUUGCAACUCCAGAGAAACCAGAGGGCCCCAAGCCUCCGUCACGUGGACCUAUUGAGACGAUUACAUCUCCAUAUGAUCGCUUCACCUCACGCCAAGGUUACCCUGAUACGCCGGCACUGCGCCAACUGAGUGAGUAUGCUAGGCCCCAUGCAGGGUUCUCACCAGGCACGUUGCCUCGUACAAGUCUUGGCUUGCCUCCACAGUGCAUGGAUCCAAUGCUGCACUACCAGUUGAACAGCAUGUAUGGUCCCACUGCUAGAGAGAGGUUGGAAUUAGAGCACUUAGAGCGUGAGAAACGGGAGAGAGAAAUUCGUGAGCUGCGGGAGAGGGAGCUGAGUGACCGCCUGAAAGAUGAGUUGAUGAAGAAUGCAGCGGGUGCAGGCCCUCGUAUGACGAACGCUAUCGACCCCCACUGGCUUGAACUCCAUAGGAGGUACACUGGCCUUGGACCAGGUGGUCCUCCACAAGGGGCAGCACUGCAUCAGUUUGGCCUGUAUCCCACCCCUACAGGACCUAGCCAGGUAGCACUCAGUCAGCUGGAGCGGGAACGCUUGGAGAGACUAGGUAUUCCUACGGGUCCUUCUGGUCCCCAUGGCCCUCCCCCUGUGGGGCCACCUGGCCCCCACUCUCACCCUCACCCUGGAUCGGUAGCUGCGGCCCAGUUGGAGGCGGCAGAGCGACUGGCCCUCGCAACGGACCCCAUGGUACGAUUGCAGAUGGCUGGCAUCUCACCAGAGUACCAUGCACACACUCAUGCGCAUACACAUGCACACUCUCACACACACCUCCACCUGCACCCCAGCCAGCAGGCACAGCAGGCCCAGGCACAACAAGAGGCUGCAGCUGCUGCAUCUGGGACUGCAGGUUUCCCUCUGCCAGCAUCAGCAACUGCUGGCUAUCCUAGGCCAAGCCUUCUUCCCCCUAGAGAUGCUGCUCUUGGAUUGCAUCAUCCGUCAGACAUAUUGGGGCGUGGUGGGCCAGGUUACGCAGAUCAGCUGGCUCAUCAGCUCUCUGCACAGGCUGUGGCUCAUGAACAGCUGCAGCGUCAGAUGAUGUUGGAGAGGGAGCGGUUUCCACAUCCGCACCCAUCCCUCGUUGCUCAGCACGAGGAAUACAUCAGGCAACAGCGGGAACGUGAGAUGAAGGUGCGAGCACUGGAGGAGGCUGCAAGGGGGUCUCGACCUUGAACUGACGCUCUGUCAGUUGGAUAUUGACUGCCAUCCUGGUGUCACCAGGAAACCAGAAUGUGCACGCACUUCAAUGCAUAUACACUUUUUUAAUCUUUAAAUUUUGUGUGUGGCGGGUGGAAAAAGGUAACUUGUCGUGUUUUCACUUUAGAAAAUGGAAGCAUACUGAAUAUAAAUCAAGGUUUUAGUACAAUUUUUUAGUACGGUUAAAUAAAAGAAACAAAAUUGCUAAUAUAAUUAUUAUUAUUAAUAAUAUUAAUAUUAUAUAAUCUUAAAUGUAAGUAUGGAGUAAAAAAGAAAUAGUUAACAAUAAAUAUUUUGUGACAUUUCGUAGAGACACGGGUAAAGCUGAACGUGAGAGAAAUUUAACGUGCACUUAACGGAAGCUUUCGGUGUUCACUGUGUUAUAUUUUAGCCUGUGUUAACGUGGUAGUGGUUUGUUCCCGUCGCAGAAGCGCGAUGGUCCGGCACAGUCCAUAGCAAUAGCUGUCGAUGUAUUAUGAUAUUUCACUUUGAUAUGGUGCAUCUUUCCAUUUUGUAAACAUGGAAUUGCCGCUUGACCUGCAGAGUGGCAGUCGGUGCACGUGCGAGGCUGCCGUCUUAACGUAAUAUAUAAGAAGAUUUUCCUCUCUUAAGUGUUGUCAAGUAAAAUGGUUUGAUUAGUCAGAGUUACUGCGAGAUGUCUUGUAAUUGUGAAGAUAUUUUCUUAGGUCUUCCGUGAAUGAUCGUACAUCUUUCCUUCCUGUUUCUCUGUUGUCUGGGUUGGUUUCGCCAUGGAAUGGUUUGGGGCGGUGUUUCGAAGUGGCAUUGAUACCAGGCUGUUUCAUCGCGGUCAUCAAACAUCGCUGCGUCAGAACAAGUCUCGGAUUUAUCUACUUAUUGUUUUGGAAACAUCUCAAGUACAGCAGAAAUCAAAAGUUUGUCCAUUCACCACCACAUCCAGAUCAGGUCCGGGACCUAUCCAGCAGAUGGAGCUGGAGGGUGACCACACACUUACAAGUAGUGCAGGGUUCUUAUACUAUAAUCCCUAUAAUUAUUAUUAUUUCACUAAAUGUAUAGAAACUGGGAACUGUUUCAAACAAGAUGCAAUUUAUGCAUUUUUUCUAAAUUGACUUUUUUGUCAAGCUUUUUUAUUAUUAUUAUUAUAAUACAAUUGAGUUUUAGUUUCUCAAGAACAAAAUACUGGAAUUUUAAGAAAAAUCCAUCCGCAGAGUUCAAUGGAUCAUCAUGCUCUCAUGAUUUCGCAUCAGUCCGUAUGUCCCCUCUGCCAGCUGGCAACGGCAGUAGCAGAUUCCAUCUCAGAAAUGAGGAGAGUUAUAAAUGUACAGGAUCAUAAAUCUCAAUAUUAGUUACGAGAAGGUAUGUUUGAGUUUCAAAAAGUUAAUAUUUUUUUUUAGACAUCUGUACACUUUGCAUUUCUCUUGCACUUGAAUGAUUCGGUUUUUCACGUUUGCAGUAGUUUACGUAUAUGCAGAGCAACUGCAAGUGUGCGCAGAAUUUUUAUGAGAAAUGGCUGUUGCUGAUUUUGAUUUUUUUUUUCCUAUUUUUUUUUUUAUUUUGAUUUUUUUAAAAUCAUAAUUGAAAUUACUUGAGCCGAGUAUCACUAAAGUUACUCCACAGUGAUACAUACGACAUGCUCUAGAAAUUUUUGUGUAAUGUGUGUUGUCCCCUUUCUUGCCACAGAUUGGUAAUACUGGGUCCUGUUUCUUACAAAAUUAAUAUGUUAAAUUCUAACGAUAGCAGCACAACUCGGUAAUUGCAAAGCCGCGUGAUUUGGCCUGCUGCAGACUUUGAAUGGUGUGGACUCGGGGCGCGCGCUUCAAAAAAAUUGUUCUGACGCCGUCCGAUUCGAAAGAAACGCUGCUUCCAGGCCAAGGGCACGUGUAAAGUUGUGGUUUACCUCACAGUGUGUGGAUAUAUAUAUGCAUUCAUUAUAUGUUUAAUUUUCAAGUAUGGUUCUGUGAUAUGUAACUGCUGAAAUUCUGUAGCUCUUAAAAUAUCGUUUUAUGUCCCUUUUCUUUCUAGUUUGCAUUUGGUGUAACAGGAGACUAUCAGAUUGUACUUGGAAGUGUUUCAGUUUUAAUGAGUUAUAGAAGGCAUGAGACAUAAACAUACAGAAACUG